UUCCCAUAUUUACGUGCCCUGUAUUAAAGUCCCAAAUUUUGUGUACCAAAACAAAAACAAAAAAGGAAUCGAACUUUCAUUUUCCUAGUCCCAGAUUCUUCGAGAUUUUCUUGGCGUCUGAUCGAGCAGUUGGACAUUGGUUAAGAGUUUGUGUAUAAAUAAGGCUCUUGUUUAGCAAUUAGAACUUUGCUGUGGGAAUUGGCAUGGGAGUUGUGACAGUUUCUAGCUCAGUUUCUAGGACUCCGUUAGGAUUGAGCCCAAAAUUGGCAUCAAGUCAGAGAUCAACGUUGAGAAAGCCAUUGAUUGUUGCCUUUAGAACAGAUAAAUCCAAUAAGAACGCGUUGGUUGCGCCUCAGGAGAAAGUACCUUUGCCAAUAGAAACACGAAAGAAGGUCCAAAAACUAGGGAAGGCUCGAAAGCUCCCCGAAAGUGUAAAAGCUGCAUUGAUAGAGGAGGCUCCUACUUGUAAUUUGGAACUGGAUUACAAUGAAGCUGCUGCCAAGCUGGAAAAUCUGUACAAGCGCAGCCCCGAGACUGAAGCUUCGGAUUUGGAAAAUGUAGAUGGAUUGAUGAUCAAGAGAAGUCGCAAAAGGAGGAAGAAGAUCAGUGAAGUUGAUGACAAAGUAGAGAAGAGAAAAAGCGAUGACAUUGUGGUUGGGAGCAGGACAAAGAAGGCUAAAAGAUUGAGUCUUGAUAAAAGGGUUGCGUUGAAAUGGAAUAAGGACGAGAAAGUGGCUGCUCCAGUAGUUCGAAAGAGAAAAGAUAGAAAGAGUGAGAAUCAGAUGAUUGAGGAGCUUGUAAGGGAGUAUUCGGCUUCAACUGAUCUCGUCAGUUUAGACUGGAAAAAGAUGAGGAUUCCUCCAGUUCUUACUUCUUCUGAGCAUACUUGGUUGUUCAAGCUAAUGCAACCUAUGAAGGCUCUUCUUCAAGUGAAAGAGACCCUGCAGAAAGAUUUGGGGAGAGAACCAAAUAAGGGUGAACUAGCUGAGGCGACAAGUACGAGUGUGGUUCAAGUGAAAAAACACUUGGAGGUUGGUCGAGCUGCAAGAAACAAACUCAUCAAGCAUAAUCUCCGGCUUGUGUUAUUUGUCAUUAACAAAUACUUUCAAGACUUUGCUAAUGGUCCAAAAUUUCAAGACCUUUGUCAGGCAGGAGUGAAGGGACUUAUCACGGCAAUUGAUCGCUUUGAACCACAAAGAAGAUUCCGGCUUUCCACAUAUGGUCUUUUCUGGAUCAGGCAUGCCAUCAUACGUUCCAUGACACUAUCAAGCUUUACUCGUGUCUCCUUUGGCCUUGAGUCUGUUAGGGCGGAAAUCCAGAAAGCCAAGCUUGAAAUGUUGGUUCAGCUUAAAAGAAUGCCAACAGAGGACGAGAUAAUUGAAAAGGUUGGAAUUUCUCCUGAGAGGUAUCAUGAAGUAAUGAGGGCCUCAAAACCUGUCUUCUCUCUUCAUUCAAGGCAUUCGGUCACACAGGAGGAAUUUAUAAACGCUAUUACUGAUGUUGACGGCGUUGAAGGUGAUAACCGGCGGAAACCUGCUCUUCUCAGGCUUGCUAUCGAUGAUGUGCUUGAUUCCCUGAAGCCAAAAGAAAGCUUGGUGAUCAGGCAGAGAUAUGGCCUUGAUGGCAAGGGUGACAGAACAUUGGGGGAGAUAGCUGGAAACUUGAAUAUUUCAAGAGAAAUGGUUCGAAAGCAUGAAGUUAAGGCCCUCAUGAAGCUCAAGCAUCCAGCUCGAGUAGACUAUCUUCGCAGAUACAUAGUCUAAAGUAAUCGGCACAGUACAAUACGCUCACUCGCGGUUCUCCUUUAAAGUUUUCCAACUAUGGUUUUAUCUCUAAUCGCCAUCUCAAUGAUCCUGUAUACUAGUCAUUUGUACCAUAGUCUAAAGCGAUCGACAGUCAACAUAGAAAUCUCAUACCUUCUAAUUCAUACAGAAUUGAUGGUAUGAGACAUGAGAUUCCCCAUAUAUACCCAUGUAUAUAAUACAUGAAAUGUAAUACUUAUGGUCCAUCUUUAUGACUAUAUUCCACACUUGUAGAAAAGCGCAUUCAGUACACUGAAAAGUAUGAGAGUUGUGAGUUUA